GAUACCACCAACAGCUCUCUGAAGAUAUCACAAACAGCCCAACAUGGCGAACCGGGGCUAUGACGUGAUAGUAGAUGCCGACACUGAGGGCGACCUCGGUCAUACUGACCUUCAGGAGGACCUUGAGUUCCACCCGUCAAAUUUUGAAAAUGAUCAACGCAAUGCCAAAGCGCAACAGGAUUCGGCACCUUUUCUCGGCGGAGGUUCUUCCCGCGGUCGUGACAGGUCACCUGGCGGCACCCCUUCCAAAGUCACCUGGUGGUCGAUCCACUAUUACUCGCGAUUCUUUGAUGUCGACACGAAUGAGGUCCUGAGACGCUGCGUUGCGGCAGUGUACCCGCGCAGUAACUUCCUCGAUGUCCUUGAAGGCAACGCUGACCUGUACGGCCCAUUCUGGAUCGCCACGACCGUGGUUGUGAUCCUUUUCCUAACUGGUACUAUCUCGCAAUGGCUCUCGAACAACGAUGAGGAGCAUUUCGCGUACGAUUUCACGCUCCUCUCCGGGGCCGCGGGUCUGGUCUACGGGUAUACAUUCGUUCUACCAAUCGCCCUGUGGGGUGCACUGCGUUGGUUUGGUAGCUCCACGGCGGACUUGAUUGAGUGCUGGGCAUUGUAUGGAUACUCAAAUUUGGUUUGGAUUGCGGUUGCUCUGGUGAGCUGGAGCCCUCUGACAGCCCUUAACUGGGCACUUGUUGGAGUUGGCUUUGGCUGGACCGUCUUCUUCCUGCUACGUAAUCUGUAUCCUGUCUUGAGUGCUACGGAAGCCAAGGCUAGCAAGGCUCUGCUGAUUCUGGUCGUUUUGCUCCAUGCGGGUUUUGCUAUCGCGAUUAAGAUCCUGUUCUUUGCGCAUGGAAGCCCAGUUUCCAAGAAAAACAAGGAUGACCAUGAGAAGGACCAUGACGACAAGCAUGAUGAUGACGGCAAACGACGCGUGUAGAGGGCUCGGCCGAUGCUCUCAAUUUCAAACCCUCUAGGACCCGCUAGAUGACUUUCAUGACUCUGCUCAGGCAGUAGAGCCAGUUCCAGACUAUGUUUGACAUUGUUUUCAUUUCUACGCUCGGUGGCUGUUCACGUAUUUCAAAACUGUACCUAUCACAACAAGGGAUCAUGAGCGAAAAUUGAAUUUUACAAUUGUUUUGAUUGCAACUUGAUCCGAGAGGAGUCAACUAUUAGCA